GGGGGGGAGAGAGUGAGAGGGGUGGGGGGACUCACCCGUCACCACGACUAAAAGGGCGAGCGCGCCGGACCCCGGCAAGUAAGAUUCGUUGACAUGACAAGCAUGCAGCAGGAGGGGCUGGAGGCGGAGUCUGUCCCAGAACUGGCCACACAGUUCGGGAAGGGCGAGCUGUCCUACGACCGAGGCCUCUCCCUGGCAACUGAUCAGAGCGCCGCCUCCACCCCAGUCAGAAGGUCUCUGAGCUUCCGGACCAUGCAGACCAAAGUCACCCUGCUGGAUGGCUCCGUCUUCAGCUGCACGUUGGAGAAACGUGCUCGUGGUCUUCAGCUGUUGGACAAGGUCUGCGAGCAUGUCAACCUGCUGGAGCGAGACUACUUUGCCUUGUCGUUCAAAGACGCCGACAACAACAAGAACUGGUUGGAUCCCGGGAAGGAGAUGAAGAAACAGCUCCGAGGCGUCCCCUGGAAUUUCUCCUUCAAUGUCAAGUUUUACCCCCCUGACCCUGCCCAGCUCUCUGAGGACAUCACCAGGUACUUCCUGUGCCUGCAGCUCAGGCAGGACGUGGCCUCGGGCCGACUCCCGUGUUCCUUGGCCACUCACGCCGUCCUGGGCUCCUACACCGUCCAGUCGGAGCUGGGGGACUACGACGCGGGUGAGACGCGCCCACUCAACCUGGUUGUGCCCCGCCCGUCCUUCAUCUUGUUUUUCUCUUCAGAUGAAUGUGGCUCCGACUACGUGAGCGAGCUUUGCUUGGCUCCCAACCAAAGCAAGCAAUUGGAGGAGAAGAUCAUGGAGCUCCACAAGAGUUACAGAGGAAUGACACCGGCUGAAGCCGAGAUGCUUUUCCUGGAAACCGUCAAGAAACUUUCCAUGUAUGGAGUUGACCUUCAUCACGCCAGGGACUCUGAAGACGUUGCCAUCAUGCUGGGCGUGUGCGCUGGCGGCCUGCUGGUCUACAGGGACCGGCUGAGGAUCAACAGGUUUUCAUGGCCAAAGAUCCUCAAGAUCUCCUACAAAAGAAACAAUUUCUACAUCAAGAUCCGCCCCGAAGAGUUUGAACAGUUUGAAUCGACCAUCGCCUUCAAGUUGCUCAACCACAGGGCGGCCAAAAGAUUGUGGAAAGUUUGUGUGGAGCAUCACUCCUUCUUCAGACUCCUCUCUCCAGAAGAACCUCCCAAACGUUUUCUCUCUCUCGGUUCCAAGUUCCACUACAGCGGUCGCACUCAAAUCCAGAGCCGCAGGGCCAGUUCUCAAAUUUGCAGACCCGCGCCCCAUUUCCCACGAUGCGUCAGCAAGAGGAACUUGCUGAGUCGCAGCCUGGAUGGAGCGCCAAGUGACACGGCCACAUCCUCUCUCAAUGGCUCUCCAGCCAUCACUGGAAGCGCAUAUGCAGACAUGGGAACAGGCCUGUAUAUGGUGUCCAAAGCUGUCACUGUCAGUGACCUCAUCACCACGGUGACGCCUGAGAAGAGGAGGGAGGAGCAUUUUGACGAAGCAACCAAUCAGGAGGGAGCGUUUCGAUCAAUUGAGGAGGUGCAGGUGAAGGUUGAGCACAAGGUAGAGCAGCAAGAAGCUGAGCAAGAAGCUGAGCUAGAAGUUGCGCAAGAAGCUGAGCAAGAAGCUGCGCAAGAAGCUGAGCAAGAACCUGAGCAAGAAGCUGAGCAAGAACCUGAGCAAGAAGCUGAGCAAGAGACGGAGGAGAGCAAAGUAACGGAGGCGUCGGAAAGUCCACUGACUCCCGAGCAAGUCGAAGACAAACUUGAAAAUACAGAGCUGACAGAGACGGUGGAUGGAGACCUGACAGGAACUGAGUCCGAGCAAGAAGAUUUGUUUAAAAGCAGUCAGGAAAUCAUCUCAAGCCCGGUGAAGGCUGAGAAGAAGGUGAGCGCCAUCAGUGACCUGCGGCGCUCUUUCUUAGAGGGAGGGGCGCCAAAGGUGGGGCUGAGCGAGUGGGAAAAGCGCUUGGCGGGGUCGCCCGUUCGACGACUUGAUGACUCGCCGAUGAUUGAACCUUUGGAUGCGGACGAGCCGCCUCCGUUGGACGAAAUGUCUCCUGAGCUGAACGCUUUGCUCAAGUCGGCCCAAAAGGCAAAAACCUUCAGAGAGGAAAAUCUCCUGCAGACUUCAGAGCGGGUCCAUACCAUCAUGGUGGUGUCGGGGGAGGAGGAGAAGGAGUCAUUGUGGCAGAGGCGAGCGGACGCAGACGGCGAUCUCCGACUGGCACUGCCGCUGACUUCGCAGAGCUUCACCGUCGAGUCGUCCAGUACCACCCACGUUACCAAGAUGAUAAAUCGAGGGAUUUCGGAAAGCAGGAUUGAGAAGAGAAUCGUGAUUUCCGGAGACACGGGGUUGGACCGCGAUCAGGAAGCUUAAAGACCUGAACGACACCAUGAAACCAAAUCCAACAUUGACUCCGCACCGCAGCUUGACCUCAUGCCCUCGUAGCUAGCAGACAAGUCGACUGAAGUAUUUGAGCAACUUUUACUCUGCCAUGUUGAUUACUCGCGCCCAAAUCUGUCACCAUUUUAGGUUCACCGCAUGAAUUCAAAUGGUUCACUCAUUCAGUCCUCGCCGUCUGAAUUGAACUUUAAAUUAAAAAAAAAAGGAGGGUUGCUAUACAAACUAUCUAAUAUGGCAGUUUGGCGAGCUAGUGUUGACAACGCACCAGCCCAUCCAUCCCAUUUACUUUCAGCAAGUCCUUCAGUCUGCAGUAGUGAUGCCAGCAUGCUAAACAUGCUGUUUAUUUGCUUACAUGCUUAAUAUUUGUUGACUUUACGACACUUUUACUCCUUAAGCACGUCAAUACUUGUGAAGACAUCGUUUGGUUGUAUUCUGCCUCAUUAUUUUGACACUUUCCCACAUAUGUUGUUCUCGUUUCUAUUAUUUAUUAUCCCUAAAAGCACCUGCUCUGUAAAAUGACAUCACGACCAAGACUUGACUGGCAUAAAUAAAUAACGAUGGCAUCAUU